CCCUGCUCCCGAGAGCAGAGGAGAGUAAAUACAACAGGAGCGCAAAAUGGCGGAGCCGCUGAGCCCAACGCACAGCGCUGCAGCCGCUGCAGCCGCAGCCACCGUCCCAGAGAAAGAACCAUUUGGCAAGCUGCAGACCGCCUCCCGGGACCCACCGGGACCUCUGUCCGCCAAGAAAGUCCGGACUGAGGAUAAGAAAGCGCCGCGGAGACUGAACGGAGAAGGGAGCAGCGGCGGGAACAGCAGACAGCUGCAGCCUCAGGCUGCACCUUCGCCUCAAAGCUAUGGCAGCCCCACGACUUGGAGCUUCACCACUCUGUCUCCUGCCCCCUCCCCGUCCUCUGCUCGGAGCAGUUUCUCUUUCUCUGCUGGCACGACUGUCCCGUCCUCAGCCUCUGCUUCCUCGUCUCAGCCGGUGCCGCGCAAACUGCUGGUCCCUCCUACGCUGUUGCACGCUCAGCCUCACCCUCUCCUGCCGGCCGCCGCCUCCUCUGCCAACGCCAAGGCUCGCAGACCCAAGGAGAAGCGAGAGAAGGAAAGGAGGAGGCACGGCCUCGGCGGGGCAGGCGAAGCCACCCGGGAGGAGAACGGGGAGGUGAAGCUGCCGCGAGAUAAAAUCAAAGAUAAAAUUAAAGAGAGAGAUAAAGAAAAAGAGAGAGAAAAAAAGAAGCAUAAAGCAAUGAAUGAGAUCAAAAAAGAAAACGGAGAAGUAAAGAUUUUGCUGAAAAGUGGGAAGGAGAAACCAAAAACAAAUGUAGAAGACUUACAAAUUAGAAAGGUAAAGAAGAAAAAGAAAAAGAAACACAAAGAGAAUGAAAAACGGAAGCGUCCAAAAAUGUACAGCAAAUCUAUUCAAACCAUCUGCUCAGGAUUGCUAUCUGACUUUGAAGAUCAAGAACCUAAAGGCAUCCUAAGUGAUAACAUAAAGGAUUACAGUGGAAAGAAUUUGAAUACCAAGAACUAUGAUUCCAAAAUUCCAGAGAACAGUGAGUUUCCAUUUGUCUCACUAAAGGAGCCACGGGUUCAGAAUAACCUCAAAAGGUUGGACACUUUGGAGUUCAGACAGCUCAUUCAUAUUGAGCAUCAGCCUAACGGAGGUGCGUCAGUUAUCCAUGCCUACAGUAAUGAACUAACCCAUCUGUCUCCUAUGGAGAUGGAGAGGUUUGCAGAAGAGUUUGUGGGUCUAGUGUUCAGUGAAAAUGAAAACUCUGCAGCUUUCUAUGUAAUGGGUAUUGUUCAUGGGGCAGCUGCUUAUUUACCUGACUUUUUAGACUACUUUUCAUUUAAUUUUCCCAAUUCACCAGUGAAAAUGGAGAUUUUGGGAAAGAAGGAUAUAGAGACAACGACUAUGUCCAAUUUUCAUGCUCAGGUAAAAAGAACAUAUUCUCAUGGUACUUACAGAGCUGGCCCAAUGCGACAAAUCAGUUUGGUGGGAGCAGUUGAUGAAGAAGUGGGAGAUUACUUCCCUGAGUUCCUUGAUAUGUUGGAAGAUUCACCAUUUUUAAAGUGUACACUGCCAUGGGGGACACUAUCUAGUCUAAAAUUAGAAAGUCGAAAAGAUAGUGAUGAUGGUCCCAUCAUGUGGGUACGCCCAGGAGAACAAAUGAUCCCUGUGGCUGAUAUGCCAAAGUCACCUUUCAAAAGGAAAAGAACUACCAAUGAAAUAAAAAACCUGCAAUACCUACCUCGAACUAGUGAACCCCGUGAGAUGCUCUUUGAAGACAGGACAAGAGCUCAUGCAGAUCAUAUAGGACAAGGUUUUGAACGACAGACUACAGCUGCUGUUGGAGUGUUGAAGGCUGUGCACUGUGGAGAGUGGCUUAAUCAACCCCGAAUAACCAAAGAUGUCAUUUGUUUUCAUGCUGAAGAUUUCUUAGAAGUAGUUCAACGAAUGCAGUUAGAUUUACAUGAACCUCCACUAUCCCAGUGUGUCCAGUGGGUCGAUGAUGCAAAACUUAAUCAACUGAGGAGGGAAGGCAUUCGCUAUGCCAGGAUUCAGCUGUAUGAUAAUGACAUUUAUUUUAUCCCAAGGAAUGUUGUUCAUCAGUUUAAGACAGUUUCAGCUGUAUGCAGUUUAGCAUGGCAUGUUCGACUCAAGUUAUAUCACUCAGAGGAAGACACUGCUCAGAGUACAGCUACUCAUGAAACAGGCACAUCACCAGAUUCCACAUCAUCAAUUCUUGGAUCUCACACUGACAGUAUGAUUUGUGCUGUAAGCAAAACCUCUUUGGAGUCUCUUUUUUCAGAUAAACUUCAUUCUAAAUAUGAAGUACAGCAGAUUAAACAUGAACCUGUUGCAUCUGUAAGAAUCAAUGAAGAAUCUGUGAAUGUUUAUGUUUCUGAAAAGACUAGAGCACCGAAUGAUAUGGAUGGCAAGAAUGUUAAAGCAAAAUUGGAUCAUGUUCAAUUUACAGAAUUUAAGAUUGGUGUGGACUCCAAAUUUGAAAAUAGCAGCAAAGAUUUAAAGGAGGAAUUGUGCCCUGGAAGUCUCUUAAAUCUAGUUGAUACAAGGCAACAUAGUUCAGCACAUUCAAAUCAAGAUAGAAAAGAUGAUGCUAAAUAUGUACAUACCAUUUAAAAUCCUUUUAAAAAAAACAGCAAAAACUUAAUAAUGUAAUAAAGAUUCAUGAAUUAUGAAAGCAAGCCAAGGACUUGCUCCCAAGUCUGUUACAAAAUAUAGUUUAUGUAGCUUUGUAACAUUCCUCAGUGCCUGUCCAUAACUGUGAAGUAUCAAAGCACUUAGGGCCAGAUGCACUGUAAACAUUGCAGAUUUAAAGAAAUGGAGUCUUUAAAAAGUUAUUUGAGUUGGAGUUGUAGGUUUUAGGAUGGAGCUGACAUUAACAUAUAUAUAUAUAUAUUUUGUAAUAUGAGCCAGAAUUCUUUUUGGACAAUUUAAGGCUUUUCCAUAGAGCUUAUUUAUACUAAUUUUUUUUUCAUUUAAAAUGUGUCAGCACUGUAGUGUAAAUAGCUUUAAAAAUUUUUUUAGUGUGAUUUAUACUGAAAUGUGAGCCACUUAAUAAAGGUUCAUAAUAAAUAAGUUUUCUGUCGGGUAUGCAAAAAGACAAAGUGAAAAUUCAGUUAAAUCACAUAUUUGAUCUCAUGUGUCUGCUGGUGUAUCCAUUUAGAGUGGUAAAGGAGUGCAAAUGUACAUAUUCAAAUCUCGUGAAUAUUUAAAUUCCCCACAUUGUGCAAGCAUUUUUUAAACUAAGAUUCAGUUAUAAAAGCAUAUUUAUAUAUGUGUGUGUAUGUAUGGGAAUAUAUAUGUAUAUCUUAUUUUACAUAACUCCUUGAAUUGCUGAAUAGAUGAAUAUGUGAAACUUCCUAGCCCUACUCCCUGGCAUACAUUUUAAAAUAUUUAUAAUCAACAUUAAAAAGGCAGUUUAGGUAAUAGAAAGAAUUUUGUAAAGUUGGGCAAAUAAAGGUCUCAGUGAUAUUUAACCCUUCUAAUUAAUGAAGUUCUGUGGACAGGCUACAUUGCCCCUAACGUAAAUUUUCUUUAUAGUGUAUGCAAUGAUAUGAAGUUGAGAAAAUUUUCUUAUUAAUAGGCACAUUUGUUAUACUUAAUAGGAGCUGAGUAAAAAAUACAGAAAAUUUAACUGUGAGCAGUUAAAAUCCUUAUACAUUUUUCUUGCACCACAGGAAGGAAAUACGACAAAUAUAAAACCUUAAAAUAAGGGCAGUGACUCAAACAGAGAUGUAGCUAACAAAAUAUGUUUAUCUCUUGUUUCUAAGGAUCCCUCUCUGCCUACCCUAGCAAGGUAAAUAAGGGUACAGCUGAUCCUUAAAUGAUGUGGGUUUGAACUGCACAUGUCAAUUGAAAAAAACCUGUGUGUAAGCGGGCCCACACAGUUCACUUGUUCAAGGGUCAACUGUACUUCUUUUUCAAAAGAAGCUCUACAAAGUAAAAUUAGGGUAGAAAACAGGAUUGCCAGUGCCUAGCUAAAGAAAAACAAAUGUCUUCAAUGAUGGACUUUUCAGCACUAUUUUAGCUGCUUCCACUACUAUAAUUAAAAGUCAAACAAAUGUCUUUAAUGUA